AUGCCCUGGCGGCCGCUGCCUCGCAUUGCUUUUGCGGUGGCCAUUUACCCGUUCCAGCCUUCCUCCCCGGCCGACCUUCCACUCGAACUCGGAGAUGAAUUGUACAUUAUUGAACAAGGUGGACGCGAUGGCGAAUGGUGUCGAGGAUAUUUAGUUGCGCCGCCUUCCUUGCUGGCCGGGUUGACCAGCACCAAGGGCCAGACGCUGGAGGCUCGCGUUUUCUCCGGAAUCUUUCCACGGAACUGUGUCGAGAUACGGGAGGUCCUGGGCGAUGGCGAUUCGGGAUACAAACCGGUUAUUAAUGGUGACCGCAAAAGUAUAGACCAAUUGACCUUACCAGGUCUCAGAUGCGGAUCGAUUGUCUCGACACAGUAUUGCACUCUCAUUGGGCGAGUCACAGGUGGGCAGCGAGCUGGUUGA